GAUCCCUCGUGCUCCGCAAUCUCAGCCGUCCGUUUCCCCCUAUAGUCCCCCUUACCUCCCCUUCUACAGUUCUACGAAGUACGAUCCAAACACCAGCGGCGAAGGCGACGAAGACGAGGGCAAAAACACCAGAAGGGGAAAACUUUUGCUCUCCCGGCGAUCUCGAGAUCUCUCAAGAUGGUGGUGCUGCAACCAGAUCCGUUUCUGAGCGAGUUGACGAGCAUGUACGAGCGGAGCACGGAGAAGGGAUCUGUCUGGGUCACCAUGAAGCGAUCAUCGAUGAAGUGCCAGGCAAGGUUGAAGAAGAUGGCGGCGAAGGGAGAGGCAGUGGAGUACCGGUGCCUCGUCCGUGCCACCGAUGGCAAGAAGAACAUCUGCACCGCGCUCUCUGCAAAGGAGUACCUGAAGUUCCAAGCUUCAUAUGCCACAGUUCUUAAAGCCCAUAUGCACGCUUUGAAGAAGAGGGAGAGGAAAGACAAGAAGAAGGCUGCAGAGGUUGAGAAGAUACCAGAGAAGGCACCGAAGAAGCAGAAGAAAGCACCGUCUUCAAAGAAAUCUGCAGGGUCCAAGUCGUAAGUUACUGAAAGAAUUUGCUAAGCCCUUUUUUGGCCACAGGCCUGAGUAAGAUGGGUGUAGUCAAGACAUUAUCCUCCAUUUUACUCUUAUUCAUGUCUGCGAGAUGAAGCAUGUGAAUACCUUUAUAGAGCUGUGCCGUCGACAUUAGCAAUUUUUGAAGCAGCUUUGGUUGUCUAGAUGUAAGCCGCCCUGGAAUUUUCUAUUUCUAUCAUAGAAAGGCAUCUCUUAAACUGUGCCUGAUCUGAUCGUCAAGUUAGUGCAACUUUCAAUUGACAGAAUUACGUCUGGAACAUGAAGUUAUGCAACUAAGACUGCAGAAGGAAAUUGCAGAACUGUUAUCUGGA